GAGGGCGAAAAACAGCACUGGUCUUUUGAAGGUGGAAUGGAUUACAGAAUCCCCGGGGCAGUGAUCAAUGGAGAAAUACAUGCACAACUCACUAAAGAAACAAAGAAAAAAGAAGCAGGGAAUCAGACACUAGAUCGAGACCACUGGAACAACAAACUGGAAUACGUGCUGUCUGUGGCAGGAGAAAUCAUUGGUUUGGGGAAUGUUUGGCGGUUCCCUUAUCUGUGUUACAAAAAUGGUGGUGGUGCCUUCUUCAUUCCCUACCUCAUCUUCCUUUUCACCUGUGGAAUUCCAGUGUUUUUCCUGGAGACAGCCCUGGGACAAUAUACCAGUCAGGGAGGAGUCACUUCCUGGCGGAGGCUCUGCCCUCUUUUUGAAGAGAACUGUGUGGAAUUCCAGAAGAAUGCUUCUCUAAAUGUGACAGUGGAAAAUGGCACCUCUCCUGUCAUUGAAUUUUGGGAGCGAAGAGUGUUAAACAUUUCUGAUGGCAUAGAACAUUUGGGCACAGUGCGUUGGGAACUGUCGCUCUGCCUUCUUCUGGCCUGGAUCAUCUGUUAUUUCUGCAUUUGGAAAGGGGUUAAGUCUACAGGCAAGGUCGUGUACUUCACUGCCACCUUCCCAUACCUCAUGCUGAUUGUUCUGCUGAUCAGGGGGGUCUCCUUGCCUGGAGCAUCUAAAGGGAUCCUCUUCUACCUUUACCCAGAUCUCACUCGACUCAGUGAUCCUCAGGUAUGGAUGGAUGCAGGCACUCAGAUCUUCUUCUCAUACGCCAUUUGCCUGGGGUGCCUAACAGCUUUGGGCAGCUACAAUAAGUAUCAUAACAACUGUUACAGGGAUUGUAUCGCUCUGUGUUUUUUGAACAGUGGCACAAGUUUUGUGGCUGGCUUUGCCAUUUUUUCCAUUCUGGGUUUCAUGGCAGAGGAACAGGGCGUGCUUAUUUCAGAGGUAGCUGAGUCAGGACCUGGUCUGGCUUUCAUUGCUUAUCCACGAGCUGUCGUCAUGCUGCCUUUCUCCCCAUUAUGGGCUUGUUUCUUCUUUGUUAUGGUGGUUCUCCUGGGACUGGACAGUCAGGGUGGGAUGUAUGUCUUCCAGCUCUUUGACUACUACGCUGCCAGUGGGAUGUGCCUGCUCUUCGUUGCUAUUUUUGAGACUCUGUGCAUUGGCUGGGUAUAUGGUGCUGAUCGUUUCUACAAUAACAUUGAAGACAUGAUUGGCUACCGGCCAUGGCCUGUUAUUAAGUACUGUUGGUUAUUCAUAACACCAGCCGUCUGCCUGGCAACCUUUCUCUUUUCUUUGAUUAAAUACACCCCGUUGACAUACAACAAGAAAUACGUGUACCCGUGGUGGGGAGACACCGUCGGCUGGCUGCUUGCCCUCUCUUCAAUGAUCUGCAUCCCACUCUGGAUCGUCUACAAACUCUCCACCAUUAAAGGAUCCCUGAGAGAGGUCAUUAAGACCGUCGAGGUGUCCAGGAAGCAGUCCAUCACCCGCAUCUACAACGCCUCCUGGGUCACUUUCCUGGACUGGUGCCAAGCAAGGGACAUCGUCCCAGCUUCGGCCUCGCCAUCCACCCAGGGAGCCAAGGUUUCCCCGGCCACCAUUAGCAGGUGGAUCAGAGCGGCCAUCUCUCAGGCCUACGAGGCACGGGGACUUCAGGUCCCAGAGGACAUCACAGCGCACUCCACCAGAAUUCUAAAGCAGCAGCCUGUUCUGUUAAGGCGUCUUUUAAGGCUCUUUGCAGCACAUCCAGAGUUAAAACCUCAACAGCAGGAACAGCGGGAACAAGGGGAGCGGGAGCUGAGAGACAGGACCCUGGCCACGGAGGUACGACUGCUGCAGGACAUCUCCAAGGUGCUGGCAGCCACGCAGUUCUCGGCAGACGCCACGCUGGAUGCAGUUUAUUAUGCUUCUCGAGCUUCGUCGUCCUCUGUAGCGUCCAGACGCCUGCUAUGGCUGCGCCACUGGCAGGCAGAGUCCUGGGCUAAGUGUCACCUGGCAGGAGCCGACUACGCCGGGGACAAGCUUUUCGGUGCGUCGCUGGAUCCUAUCUUGGUGGAGGACAAGAAUAAGCGGAAGGUCUUCCCGGCUACAACCAGACGGUCAGAUCACCGACAGGCUCCUUACCCCAGGAGAACAUCUUACCGCCCGCCUGACACAGAUGCCCAGACUCAGAGGUACCAGACUCCCAGGUUUCAUAGACAAGGGGAUAGGCAAUUUCCAAGAGACAGAUUUAGAGGCCAGUAG